GGGCGAGCGGUGGGAGGGUCUCCAUUGAAAUAAACAAGCAGGCAGUUAUUAAAAGGAACAUGGCGGCCGCAGCCCCAGCUUCAGCUUCAUCUUACAAAGCGAAGGUCAGCGCCGGCGGCAGCGGCGGGAGACGGCACUGACCCCGCAUACUUGAGAUGUAUCUGAGUAGUGAGGCCCCCUGCAUACACAGCCCCUAGAAAUCGUUGUCUGCAUCGCUGAUUCUUGGACUCCUGCUCGGUUCCAUGCACAAGAUGGACUUGCUCUGGGAAUGAAUCUGGUUGAUGCAUUGGAGAAGGCUGUUCUCUGGAGUACCCCGCCUCACUUCCAGCAGAAGUUGGGACGUGUGUGGUGGACGAGGCAGGGGAUUGCAGAAGGCUGGAGCCAUUCUGGUGCUCUGUGCAGCUGCAUGCUGCCCUGGCGAGUGGGAGUCCCUUCCUGGCUGUGCUGCAGACUUCCUAGGUGAUGCUAGUUGCUGAUAUGUGUUCAAGAUGAGUGGGAUGGGAGAAAAUACCUCUGACCCAUCCAGAGCAGAGUCAAGAAAGCGCAAGGAUCCCGAUCAAGUUGGACCCAGCCCAAAAAGAAGCACUGAGAAACGCAAUCGUGAGCAAGAGAAUAAAUACAUUGAAGAACUUGCAGAGCUGAUUUUUGCAAAUUUUAAUGAUAUUGACAACUUUAACUUUAAACCUGACAAAUGUGCAAUCUUGAAAGAAACUGUGAAGCAAAUUCGUCAGAUAAAAGAACAAGAAAAAGCAGCAGCAGCUAAUGAAGAUGAAGUGCAAAAAGCAGAUGUAUCGUCUACAGGUCAGAGUGUCAUCGACAAGGAUGCACUUGGACCAAUGAUGCUUGAGGCCCUAGAUGGGUUCUUCUUUGUAGUGAACCCAGAGGGUAAUGUUGUGUUUGUUUCUGAGAAUGUGACACAGUACCUGAGGUACAACCAAGAAGAGCUGAUGAACACAAGCAUAUACAGCAUCCUGCAUGUAGGGGACCACAAUGAAUUUGUCAAAAUCCUGCUGCCAAAAUCUUUAGUGAAUGGGGGAUCCUGGUCUGGUGACACUCCUAGGCGGAACAGCCAUACCUUCAAUUGUCGCAUGCUGGUCAAACCUCUGGCUGAUUCUGAAGAAGGCCACGAUAACCAGGAAGCACAUCAGAAAUAUGAAACUAUGCAGUGCUUUGCUGUUUCUCAACCAAAUUCCUUCAAGGAGGACGGUGAAGAUUUGCAGUCUUGCUUGAUUUGUGUUGCAAGAAGAGCUCCAAUGAAGGAAAGACCACUUCUCCCUUCAUCAGAGAGCUUUACUACACGCCAGGAUCUUCAAGGCAAAAUAACUUCAUUGGACACAAGUACCAUGCGAGCAGCUAUGAAACCUGGCUGGGAGGAUUUGGUGAGAAGAUGCAUUCAGAGGUUCCAUUCGCAGCACGAGGGAGAAAUAUCUUUUGCCAAGAGGCAUCACCAGGAAGUGCUGAGGCAGGGGCUGGCCUUCAGCCCCGUUUAUCGCUUUUCCCUGUCGGACGGCACCAUCGUCUCUGCCCAAACCAAGAGCAAGCUCAUCCGCUCUCAGACGACCAGUGAACCUCAGCUUGUCAUCUCCUUGCAUAUGCUUCACAGAGAGCAGAAUGUCUGUGGAAUGAAUCAGGAUUUGACUGGACAAGGAAUGGGGAAGAUAUUGAACCCAAUUAGUUCCAGCAGCCCUGCCCAUCAGGCCAUGUGCAGUGGGAACCCAGGUCAGGAUAUGACCAUCAGUAGCAAUAUAAAUUUUGCCAUAAAUGGCCCAAAGGAGCAAGUGGGCAUGCCAGCAGGCAGGUUUGGUGGUUCAGGGGGAAUGAACCAUGUGUCAAGCAUACAAGCAUCCACUCCUCAGGGUAGUAACUAUGCACUAAAAAUGAAUAGCCCCUCUCAAAGCAGCCCCGGCAUGAACCCAGGGCAGCCAAACUCUAUGCUUUCCCCAAGGCAUCGCGUGAGCCCUGGAGUGGCAGGAAGUCCUCGCAUCCCACCCAGUCAGUUCUCCCCUGCAGGAAGCUUGCAUUCACCUGUGGGAGUCUGCAGCAGCACAGGAAAUAGCCAUAACUACACCAACAGUUCCCUGAACGCACUUCAGGCCCUCAGCGAGGGCCACGGCGUUUCUCUAGGAUCGUCGUUGGCUUCACCUGACCUAAAAAUGGGAAAUUUACAAAAUUCCCCUGUGAGUAUGAAUCCUCCCCAGCUAAGCAAGAUGGGAAGUCUGGACUCUAAAGACUGCUUUGGAAUAUAUGGGGAGCAAUCAGAAGGUACAACUGGACAAGCAGAGAGCAGCUGCCAUUCAGGAGAACAGAAAGACAACAGCGAUAGCAACAUGCCACCGGUUGUCAGUGGCGAGAGACCUGAUGGACAGAAUAAACUGCACGAUGGAAAAAGCCAGACAAAGCUCUUACAGUUGCUGACCACCAAAUCAGAUCAGAUGGAGCCUUCACCUUUGUCCAGUACCAUGGGAGACAUGAGCAAGGACUCCACGGGAGGGUUGCCUGGGUCUGGUUCAGCACACGGAACCUCGCUCAAGGAGAAGCAUAAAAUUUUGCACAGACUAUUGCAGGACAGUAGUUCUCCUGUAGAUUUGGCCAAGCUCACAGCAGAGGCCACAGGCAAAGAACUGAACCAGGAGUCCAGUAGCACAGCUCCUGGUUCAGAGGUGACUGUUAAACAGGAGCCAGCGAGUCCUAAGAAGAAUAAUAAUGCACUACUUCGCUACUUGCUAGAUAAAGAUGAUACUAAAGAUAUUGGUUUACCAGACAUACCCCCAAAACUGGAGCGGUUGGACAGUAAGACAGACCCUUCCGGUAGCACAAAGUUAAUAGCUAUGAGGACGGAAAAGGAAGAGAUAAGCUUUGAGCCUAAUGAACAGCCAGGCAGUGAGCUGGAUAACUUGGAAGAGAUUCUGGAUGACCUGCAGAACAGCCAGUUACCACAGCUUUUCCCAGAUAGCCGCCCAGGCGUGCCAGCGGGCUCGGUGGACAAGCAAGCCAUCAUCAAUGACCUCAUGCAGCUCACCAGUGACAGCAGCCCCGGCGCGGCAGUGGCCACCCAGAAACCAGCAAUGAGGAUUUCACAGAGCACUUUUAAUAACCCACGAGCAGGGCAGCUGGGCAGGUUAUUACCAAACCAGAAUUUACCACUUGACAUAACACUGCAGAACCCAACAGGUGCAGGAACUUUCCCACCCAUAAGAACGAGUAGCCCCUACUCAGUGAUACCUCAGCCGGGACUGAUGGGCAGGAAUGAAGGGAUGAUAGGAAGUCAAGGAACUCUGGGCAACAGCAGCGCAGGAAUGAUUGGUGGCAAUGCCCCUCGGCCUGCCAUGGCCUCUGGAGACUGGGGCAGCCAGGCCCCCGCGGUGAGGGUGAGCUGCGCGCCCACGGCCGGCGCCAUGAACCGGCCCGUGCAAGCAGGCAUGAUCCGCAACCCUACGGCCAGCAUCCCCCUGAGACCCAGCAGCCAGCCUGGCCCAAGGCAGAUGCUUCCAUCUCAGGUCAUGAAUAUGGGGCCAUCUGAAUUGGAAAUGAACAUAGGAGGACCUCAGUAUAGCCAACAGCAGGCACCUCCAAAUCAGACUGCGCCGUGGCCAGACAGCAUCUUGCCUAUAGAGCAGGCAACUUUUGGUAAUCAGAACAGGCAACCGUUCGGCAGCUCACCAGAUGAUCUCUUGUGUAAUCAUCCUUCAUCAGAGUCACCAAGUGAUGAGGGUGCUCUCCUGGAUCAGCUUUACAUGGCAUUAAGGAAUUUUGAUGGUUUAGAAGAAAUCGACAGGGCUCUAGGAAUACCAGAACUAGUGAGCCAGAGCCAAGCUGUCGACCCCGAGACGUUCCCGAGCCAGGAGUCCAGCAUGCUGCUGGAGCAGAAGGCUCCAGUGUUCUCACAGCAGUACGCGGCGCAGGCGCAGAUGGCGCAGGGCAGCUACGCGCCCAUGCAGGAGCCGGGCUUCCACGGCAUGGGGCAGCGCCCGGGAUACACCGCCCUGCGCAUGCAGCCGCCCGGCCUGCGCCCCGCCGGCAUCGUGCAGAACCAGCCCAACCAGCUGCGCCUCCAGCUGCAGCACCGGCUCCAGGCACAGCAGAAUCGGCAGCCACUGAUAAAUCAGAUCAGCAGCGUCUCCAAUAUGAAUCUGUCUUUGAGAACUGGAGUGCCAACACAGGGCCCCAUCAACGCGCAGAUGCUGGCGCAGAGGCAGCGGGAGAUCCUGAGCCAGCACCUGCGGCAGCGGCAGAUGCAGCAGCAGCAGCAGCAGGUGCAGCAGCGCACGCUGAUGAUGCGAGGGCAAGGCUUGAGCAUGACCCCCAGCAUGGUGGCCACUGGCGGCAUCCCGGCAACCAUGAGCAACCCGCGCAUCCCGCAGGCAAACGCACAGCAGUUCCCAUUUCCUCCAAACUACGGUAUUAGUCAGCAGCCUGAUCCAGGCUUCACAGGGGCCACCACUCCUCAGAGUCCACUGAUGUCACCAAGGCUGGCUCACACUCAAAGCCCCAUGAUUCAGCAGUCUCAGGCUAAUCCUGCCUAUCAGUCCUCUACGGAGAUGAAUGGGUGGGCACAAGGGAAUAUGGGUGGUAACAGCAUGUUUUCACAACAGUCCCCACCACAUUUUGGGCAGCAAGCAAGCACCAGCAUGUACAACAAUAACAUGAAUAUCAGUGUAUCCAUGGCAACCAACACAAGUGGUAUGAACAACAUGAACCAGAUGACAGGGCAGAUCAGCAUGACCUCAGCGACCUCUGUGCCUACAUCAGGGUUGUCCUCCAUGGGUCCUGAGCAGGUUAAUGAUCCUGCUAUGAGGGGAGGCAAUCUUUUUCCAAACCAGCUGCCUGGAAUGGAUAUGAUAAAGCAGGACGGAGAUGCAGCACGGAAAUAUUGCUGACCCUGAGGGUGGUUUGGUUGCUCCUUUCUUCAGCUGACUGGGCUGACGGCCCCAAACCCUUACCAGUUUGAAGAGCUGUGUCUGUUUGUCGUGUCCCCGCGGAGCUGCCGGCCCCGGCGGCUGCCUGCUGCCAACAGGACUCAGCCCUGCCUUCCCGAGGGGAGCCGGGGGCACUGCCCAAGAGCAGCCUCUUCUUUGACAGUCUGGAGCUAGCGUACAGACAUUGCUCAGUCUGUUCACUGCAUUCACCUUAGUGCAACUUAGAUCUCUCCUGCAAAGUAAAUGUUGACAGGCAAUUUUCAUAAACCAUGUCAGAUUGAAUGUAUUUAAAUGUAUGUAUUUAAGGAAAAA